AGAAGGGGAACGUUCGUGGCGUGAGCUCCCUUUGUUACCAUGGCAACCUGAAGCUCACUGGAAAAAAAACGGCAGAUUUAUUUGCAAUAUUUUGAUAGCCUCUGAUGAUACGGUGAUUCUAAAAAUCUACGAAGACACGCGUCGAGUAAGUGAGAAAGAAAUAUACAGAGAUAGUGAGAGAACGAGAGAGAUAGAGAUUUAUGGAGAGAGAGUGAGACAUUUUUGCCGACUGAGAACUGGAGGUUAUCGGAUGACCUAAAAUGGAGGAAUCGCCGCAGCAUAUCCUAGUCAAGAGGGACUACUGCCCGAACACCUUUGAUCCCCUUGGCUACAUCGCCUUCCUCAUGAUCGGCUUCCAGCUGACUCUCAACAUCGUGAAUGUCGCCAUCAACAACAACAAUAACAACAACAACAACAACAACGACAACAACAACAAUAACAACAACAACAAUCGGAGAUCAUUCGCGUUCCCCCCGUCCCAUGCCGACUUCCUGCGCAAAGCCUUUGGGAAAUUCCAACCCAGCGCGAAGCCGAGAAGCAAGUGCAGAUGCAACAAGCGCAAGAGAGCGGCGCAGGCACUGAGGACGAUGCUGCAGAGCCUCUCCAGCAGCAGGCACAACCCGGAGUGCCUGGGGCGGGUCGGCUGCGAGGCGGGGAGGGUCGCCAGGGAGCAUCUGCUGGUGACGGGGAGGAGGUUGGCAGGAGGCGGACAGCGGGCGAGGCGGCUGGUGGAAAGCGCGCUGAGGUCUAUUUCUCGACCUCUCGUCGGGGAGGACUGCUCGGCCCAGUUCCCCGGCUGCUCCUCCCCUCCGUGAUGUACUUUGGGGUUCGUGUGUCUGCUAGUCUCCCGUGUUAUUGUGUUGUUGCUGUGUAAGGAAAUAAAAUGUGCUGUGGU